GUCUACAUGGCAGAGAAAAACAUACAAAAAUGGAUGAUAUUUGGACACUUAUUUUACUGUCUACGGCUAUGCUGGUAGGCUGUUACUUAGCCGGAAUAAUACCGCUAGCCAUAAACUUUUCAGAGGACAAACUAAAGCUUGUCACAGUUCUAGGAGCAGGUCUUCUUGUUGGAACAGCUCUGGCAGUGAUCAUCCCCGAGGGAAUCCAUGCUAUGUCAAUAGCAACUGAACAAGAACACCACGAACAUGAGAAACAGGAGACAAAAGAUAAAGAGCACGCUCACGAAGGAACGGAAGCCAGCCAUCACCACGAGCACAGUAUGAUAGAUGAUCAUUCUCUUAUAGGGAUAACACUGGUGUCCGGCUUUAUAUUUAUGUUGUUGAUUGAUCAGAUUGGAGGCGGGGGACAUAUUCAUGCACCAGCAGACACAGAUUUGCCGACAACAAAUUCAUCACAAAACAGACAUAAAAUUACAGCCACUUUAGGUUUAGUUGUGCACGCAGCAGCUGAUGGUAUUGCUAUGGGGGCUGCUGUCUCAAUGUCCACAGCUCAUCUAACACUUAUAGUGUUUGUAGCUAUAAUGUUACAUAAGGCUCCGGCAGCAUUUGGUUUGGUCUCAUUUUUACUUCAUGAAGGUUUUGAUAGAACAAGAAUACGAAAACAUUUAUUUAUUUUUGCUGCAGCAGCACCCAUAGGGGCUAUAUUAACCUAUAUGUGCUUAAAUCAGAUUUCACUUAUUCUGUACUUUUUUGGUCAAACGAAAAGUAUGGAGACUUUAAACGAUACUCAUACAACUGGCAUAGCAAUGUUGUUUAGUGCGGGGACAUUUUUAUACGUGGCCACGGUGCACGUGCUACCGGAGAUUGCGAGCCGGCAAACACGACAGACUUUACAAGACGGGACCGUGGUUAUACACGAACAUAAAGGAUUUGCUAAGCUGGACUUAGUGGCGCUGGUUAUCGGCGCAGUGGUUCCAGUUAUAUUAAGCAUAGGGCAUAAACAUUAGUCUAGUUCUAUUUUUAGAUUGAGAUUUAUAGAAUUGAAAAUCUUGCGUAACAAUAUUUUGGCUUGUUUGAUUUGUAUAUUUUUUUAAUGAGAAUAAAAAAUCAUGUACAAUGUUGAGGGACAUUUUCAUUUUUGAUGAAUUUUUUUUUUAUUUAUUUAUUUUCCAGAUUUUAGAAAAUCUAUGGAAAAAAUUCCAAGAUUUUAGAAAAAUUCAUUACUUUUUGUGACUUCAGAGUUUAUUUAAAGAAAAAACUUGAAAGUUUGUAAAAGAAAUUUGCAUUGUCUAUAUAUAUAUAUACAUGUAUAUAUGUAUAUUUUGGACUGGAAAUUAUGUUAGUUGUCAAAAGUCCAAGCUUUUUUAUCAAACCAAAUAUAAAUCAACUUCUAGAUUCGCUGUUGAACAGCCUUUUAAGUGUUUACAGUAGAUAACAAACAGGAAUUGGUUUAUUUUAAUCUAGGCAAGCUUACUUUAGAAGAACAGUUAAUUUGGUGUCAUGGCUUAAAAUCAGUUUUUGUUAAAAGUUCAAACAGACAUUGUUAAUAAAGUGGUUUUUCUAUCAUUCAAAUCAAUGAUUGUUUAAAAAAACAGACAAAAAAGUAAAUUUUCUGUCAUGGCUAAAAUAGUGUUUUUGGCAGAUGAAAAAGAAAAUUUUCUGCCAUGGCUAAAUUAGCAUUUUUGGCAGA